AUGGUUUUGAAGAAUUCAAAAUGGGAUAAGAAAGCUAAAUAUAAGUAUAUGAAGAAACAUGAUAUACUUCCUAAGAAAAACAAAAAUGAUAAUGAAGAAAAUCAAGGAUUGUCACGUCCGAAAUGGAGUUCAAAGAAAAAGACAAUUGAUAAUCAAGAAAAGAUAAUUCUUGAAGAUUCAGAAGAUGAAUGGGAUUCUGAUGUUGAUGAAGCUUUAAUUAAUCAUUUUUAUCCACAAUUAUCUGAAAAUGAAGAAUUAACAAUUGAACAAAAAAUCAAAAUCAAACAACAAAUUUUAACUGAUAUUGCACAACAACAGGAACAAGAAGAAAACAGUGAUUCACAUGAUGAAACAGAAGAAGAAUUAGAUGGGAUAUACCUUGGAUCUGAGGAGAAUAAACACAAAGAAAUGAAAAGUGAAUCUAAAGAACCUGCUAAAUUCAACCUUCAAGAAUUCAUGGAUAAUCUUGAAAUUAAACCAAAAAAGAAUAGAAAAAUGUUGAAGAAUAAAAUGUCUGAUAAUUUCUUAGAAGAUUAUGGAUUGACUAGUUAUAAAGAUUUAAAUAGAAAUCAAGAUGAUUAUAAUGAUUUAUACAUUAAGAAACAACAAGAGAAAAUAAAGUCUAGUAUAAAUUAUAUUCCCAAAUGA